CUGAGUGACCUAUUCCUCCCCUUCAGGCAAUCACCAGGCUCCACUCCCAGUGACGGUUCCUUGCUGUUACCGAGGUUCUCUGAGUGAGCCUUUCGCUGUGUGUCACUUUGCCUCUAGAGUGAUCAAACGUGUGUGUGCCAGUCUCUCCGUGUGUAGGUGGCUGUGAGUAGAGUGAGCCUGUGCCUAGGACCCAAGUCUAAGUUCAUCUGUUUCCCCUACAGGCACUCCCGAUGAAACCUCAUCAGCAGCUCUAUCCCUCUUCCCUUCCUUUGCCUCCUGUACCCCUUAGGCCAGGUGAGGCCCAGCAGCCAGGAACCUGGAACUGGCAGUCGGAGCCUGAGCUGUGGGCAAGGUCAGUUCGACAGCAGUUGAAUGCCCAGCUCCUCUUGGUCUCUGGGACAAGGGUAGGCUUGUCUCCUGAAGGGACAUCAUCUGAAGCCCUUGGAUCUCGGCAGCACUCUGUAUGUGUCCUAGACAAAGAAGAGCAGCCCUGGGCCUGUCAGAGGAAACAGAGGCGGUCCCUGAAGGCAGUGACUCAGUCAGGGCAGCCCACAGUGCUGGAGCCCCUGGUAGCUGAGCUCCAAUCUCUGUUCUCAGCUGUGCUGCAGGACGGCAGCCCUGCAGCUUGGCACUACCUGCAUGCAGUGCUGGGUCUGCUGCCUCCAUAUCGUGCACUACUUGUUGGUCACCUUGAUUUGCUGCCCUUCCUGGAGCAGCUGUACCGCUGGGCACCUAGGGUCCAAUCCCAGCUCCAGCUGGACCUGCUAGAUGCCAUAGACCAGGCUUUUCCCCCAGAUGUCUCUUUGUUAGAGAGUGCCUCCCAUGUUGACUGCUGUCCCCAGAAGGAGAGGUUCCAUCAUGGGCUCCUACGUCCUGCCUGCCCUUUUGUGCAGGCUCGGUGGGGUGGGCAGCAAGUAAAGGAGGAGUUGGCUACAUGGCGGCGACCACUUACAUUGCCUGAGCUACAGCACAGCCUGGGUAUUGUUGGUGCUGAGGUGGCCCUGGAAGAGAUCCGGUGGCAGGAUGGCCUUAGUCUCCUGCCCUUGGCACUGGCGACGGACAUCCCUGUACAGUAUGAAAGCAGUGACACUGACAAUGCAGAGGAGGAGCCUGUUGGAAGAAGAGAGACUAAGUCUCAGCUUGACUCUGAAGUUCCUGGGGAGAAGGCCUUCCAAAGGAGAAGCACUGGCUUCUUACCUCAGAUUUCCCUGCGGGGUAGCCAGGUGAUGACCAUUUUGAAGACAGAGAGAUACCUGAAGAAGAUCCACUUCCUCUAUCUCAAUGUGGCUCCCAGCCGGUACUUUAGGCCCUACAGCCUGAUGGUGGUGCCACCAAACGAGGUGAAUCCUGAGCACUACAUCUUCUCUCCCUUUGGCAUCCUGCAUGUACAUCCUGUGGAGGGCAGUGAGACAAUGACACUGGGUACCUGGCACCACCACUCUGUCCUCUGGCAACAGCUCCAGUUCAUUCCAUUCUUCAAGUAUUGCCUCUUACGCAAGGCCUUGGCCUGUUGGAAGAAGAGUAUGAAAUUGCAGGGGCUACAACGGUGCCAGACUUUCCUAGGGAAGAAUCUGCUCUGUGCUGUGCCCCACUUUGGAGCUGGGCUGCUCCAUAUUAGCAGGCUUCUGCAGGAGCUGCACUCUGUGUCCUGGCUCCCCCAGGAGCCAGAUCGGUGCUACACGCUGCUGGACCUGCAGCGGGCUCUAGCCAAGGAGAACCACAAGGCUCUGCGGCUGCUCCGGCGCUGCCUGCACCUCUGCACAUCCAUCCUUCAACUGGUUCAUGAAGACACAUAUCACAUGCAACAGGGCCUGCAGGAGCGAGUGGAAAACUGCAAGAGGAUCAGGACAGGCCAAGGCUCCACAUACCUUCAGAGGGUACAGCAACAGCAGCUGGAGCAGAAGCUGAAGCAGGCAGAGGCCUGGUUGUUGCAGCUGGGACGAUUGGCCCGCCUGGUGGACUACAUGAUUUGCCAGAGCCUUGUGUCUAUCAUAGAGGAGGAUAUAACCUCUUUUGUGGCCAACAUUCUGCAAGCCCCAAGGCAGAAACCGUUUCUCUCAGCACAGCUGGUCUUUGACAAUUGUGGCCAGCUAUCUCAUGAGCCCUGUAUUGAAAAUAUGAUCCAGAUUCUAAAUGGGGGCCUACAGUCUGUCAAGGCCUCUGCCCUGAAGGUAGUGCAAUCUAGAGACCUGAAGACCCCCUGGGAUUCCCUGUGUUUUCAAGAAGAUGAAGAGGAGGACUCAAACACGGAAUCCGUGAUGCCCAAAUUCCAGGGCCAGCCCAGCGAUGCUGUGGGCAUCUUCUGUGGCCCAAAUAUAGGAUUGGUGUGGCCGUGGAAGUCUCGUAUAAUUACCGAAGCCCUGGAGGUCCGUGGGUACCGGCUGCGAGGCCAGUACUUGCCCCCCAAUUAUAAGCAGCUGCAAGAAGACCUGGACAACAACCCUCAAAUCCAGCAGGCACUGACUAUACAACAGGCCCUGCUGGAGGGCAUGCUGUGGGAGGUACAGGAAUUCUGCAAGGAACAUCACUGGAUGACAGGCAUUUAUGAGUUCCUGCAAGCCUGGGGGCCUCAGAAGCUGGAGUCUAUGAGAGGUUGUCCUAUCAAGAACUACGUGACGCUGGUGAGCUGCCUGAACGUUUGGCAGGCCCGUGUCUCCAGUAUACCUGCGGAGUUGAUCACAAAAGGCAGGUUGCUGCUGCUGAGCUGCCGUGCCAUACAGGCAGAGCUGGAGUCCAAGCUGGAGAGCAUCAAGAAGGACAUUCUUGCACAGGUGCAGCAUGAGUGCUGGAGCCGUAGUCAACAGCUGAUGAUGGAGCUCACGGGUUUUGUAGAGGUCUUCCAAAGCAUCAACUCAGACAUUCACACCAUCGCACAGUGCUCCCAGAAGUUGAACGAGGCCAAUAAGCAGUACACCAAGCUGGAAGAGCGACUGGAAUACAUACGGUCACUCCAUGAACUCAUCCGCAACCACUUUAGCCUCUUUAAUGCAGAGAACGAGGCGCUGGACAUCUCGGUGAGAAGGCAAUUCAGGGAGUCUCCCAUCCCUCCCAGUCCCCCUCCCCCACAACCACAUCUCCUUGACUGCCCUCUGCUUGCCCUGCAGCUUCUGGAUGCGUGGGAGGCAUUUCAGUUUGAGAAAAGCCAGGCCUCAGAGUUCCUACUCAGCAAGCAACAUGCCAUUGUGCCCAAGCUGCAGCAGCUGAUGGCGGCAGCACUGGCAGAGCUGGAAGGCCUGAUUGAGAAGGCCCUGUCCGGUCCCUUCAUGGACCCUGCGCAAGAGCAGAGGAGCACUGAGCUCCAGCUCAUCUCCCUGGAGCGUCAGUUCCAGAACACAGCCAGCCACCUCAGUGAACUGCACCAUGCCUAUGUUACCUUCACUGGGGAUGAGAGGCCUGUGCCCUUGCCAACCUGUGGGACCCAUCCUAUUGUGCAGCAGCAGCGCGUCUGGCACCUGUACCGGGUCAUCUCUGAAAACAUCAGCGAAUGGAAGUGCAUGGCUUUUGCCAAGUUCAGCCUGGCUAUGGCCCAGGAGAAGACAGAUGGUUGGCUGACAGAGGCGGCCCGGAUGAGUGCAACCCUGGGCCUGCACAGCCCGGUUCUGCAGCGCUGCAUGCGCAUGCUGGAGGAGUUUCGCAGCUAUCUGCCAUUGCUUACCAAGCUGGGCAGCCUCCAGCUACAGAACCUCAACUUCCAAGCCCUCCUGCAAGCCUUAGGGCUGGGCAGUCUCCACAACAUAGAACUCCUAACACUGGGCCAGCUGCUGAAUUGUCCACUGCUGGAGUUUUCAGAUCGAAUCAAUCAGAUCUGGCAGUGUGAAAACGAACGAAUUCAUGCCCAAGAGACCCUACAGCGGCUGCAGCGGGUCUGGGAAAUGCGCCAGCUGCGACUGCUCAACUUCAUCCUGCAUGUGCCCUACCACCCCCCAGCCUCAGAGCGCUCCAAGAGGCAAACACUCCGCAGCCCCCACUGGGAAGUGGUGGACAAGGAUAGUGGCACCUUCAUCCUUUCAGAUUGCAGCAGCCUGCAGGAUUCUAUCCAGGAAAGUCUUCAGGUAUUGUUCAAGAUCCUGGCCACCCAAAAGUCAGGAGACUUAUACAAAAGAGCUUUGGAGUGGGUGACCAUCAUGCACAGCCUGGGUGCCCUGAUGGAAGUGUGGGUGACUUUCCAGCAGAAGUGGAUUUUUCUGAGUAAAGUUCUGUAUGAGAUGAAGAUCCAGUUUCCUAGUUCGGACCUGAACUCCCGCUUCAAGGCCAUAGAUGAUCAGUAUCGGACCCUGAUGCAGAUCUCUGUAGCUGACCCCCUGGUUCUGUCGCUUAUAGUGCCCAGUGCCAAGCGGAGCCCUCAUUUCCAAGGCCAGCAGCUGCAACAGCUGCUGCAGAAAGGCUCAGUGGAGCUGGAGGGCAUGAUUAUGGCUCUGGAGAGCGUGCUCUAUGGGGUGCGUGCUCACUUCCCCCGCCUCUUCUUUCUCAGUGACAGUGAGCUGGUGGCCCUGCUGGCUGCCCCGCUGGAGUCAUGUGAGGCCCAGCUAUGGGUACGACGCUGCUUUCCUCACGUGCAUGCUGUGAGCUUCAAGUCCAGCACAACUGAUAAAAACAUGAUGGAUGACUGGGAGUCAAGCCCAAGCACACAGACUCAGGUGGAGGCGCUUGCAGUUCUAGGGGCAGGUGGGGAGGAGGUGAAGCUGCAGGGGCCCCUUCCUCUGCAUCCAGAUCUCCCCAAAUGGCUGGCAUCUCUGGAGAAGUGUCUGCAUUUGGCACUGGUGCACAUGCUGCAGGACUGUGUGGCUGCCCAUCUUGCUCUGGGCCCAUCCCUAGACAAGGCCUUCAAGCAGCUGCCUCUGCAAAGCCAGUUGUCCCUGCACCCAUAUGUCCACCACUGGCUGGAUUUAGUCCAGGCCUUCCCAUGGCAGUGUGUGCUGGUGGCAGAGGAGGUGGUAUGGCGGGCCGAGAUGGAGGAGGCUCUGCUUGAGGGGAGGACCCUAGCCAUGGUCCCCAUGAAUGUGCACAAGCUUGAGGUACUGGUGCAUUUUUUACAGGCCCAGAGGGCCUCCCAGGGUGGGCAGCCCCUGCCCUCUGUCCGCCAGACCAGCCUGCUCAGUGCCCUGCUGGUCAUGGCAGUGACUCACCGGGAUAUAGCACAGCUGCUUCAGGAGCACCAGGUCAGUGAUCUGACAGACUUUCACUGGGCCCGCCAACUCAAGUACCACCUGGGUUCACCUCACGUCGUCCCCCAGAGCCCCCUGCAGAGUCUCAAGACGAUUGCGUCUGCUGAGACUUCUCUGUCACCAGCUGCAUGCUGGAUAGAUGUGCUGGGCCGGUCAUUCCUGUACAAUUAUGAAUACCUGGGUCCGAGACUGGGGUCUCUACCCAGCCUGCUGCCUGAGCGGCCAGCUCUGGUGCUGUUAUUGGCCCUGGAGGAGGUGGCGUGUGGGACUCUACUGGGCCCUGAUGGUGUGGGCAAGGCAGCCAUAGUGCAGAGCCUGGCACAGGCCAUGGGGCGCCAGCUGGUGGUGAUGCCCUGCUUGCCCCAGAUAGAGGCCCAAAGCCUGAGCAACUACCUGAACGGUGCCCUGCAGGGUGGUGCCUGGCUGCUGUUGAAGGCAGCCCAGCACCUGCCGCUUGGCUUGCUCUCUGCCCUGGGCCAGCGCCUGACUGAACUUCACCACCUCUAUGCCCCACUGUACCAGGAAGCUUCCCGAAGCACCAGCAUUAUGGACCCCACCCACUCCCAACUCCUUGGCAGUGGCUUCUUUGAGAAACGUCACGUGUUCAUGCGCCUUGGCUAUGGCUGUCUCUUGACACUGCGUGCCCUGAGCCCUGCUGUGCCUGCUAACCUGCACCUACUGCUGCGGCCUGUGGCACUGACACUGCCUGACUUGCAGCAAGUAGCAGAGCUGACCCUGCUGGGUGCGGGGAUGCGGGAUGCCUCCCGCAUGGCUACCCGCCUAUCCAAAUUCUUCUCCCUAGAGUGUGAGCUGGUGCCUGGGUCCCUGCCCUGCCGCUUGCCACUGCUCAAACAGGUACUAGAGGACAUGAUACAGGCUCUAAACAUGACCAAGGAGGAACCCAAGUCUCAGCAGCCCCACAACCUAGCUGCCAUUGAGGAGGCUGCCCUACUGCGUGCCCUGCUACGCUCACCACCGUUCAGCAUCCUCGAUGGGGUCCACCUGCACAACCUCCAAGAGCUGCUCUGUGGGCUCUUCCCUAGUGCCAGCCAGGUGCUGGCAGAGCCUAUGACCCACAGGCUGAGGAAGCCACUGCUGGUGGAGGAAGUGCAGCAGGUAGGCCUGCAUCCCAGCCUUGAUAUUUUGGGGUCCCUGGAGCAGCUGAGCCAGGCCUUGGGCCGGGCCUCAGGCAUUUUGCUCCUGGGCCCUGCAGGCAGCGGCAAGACCACUUGUUGGCAUAGCUUAUUUAAGAUCCAGAAUCGGCUGGCAGCCAUGGAGGAUGCCUCGACCCAAGGCUACCAGCCUGUGGAAAUUACUCACCUGUAUCCCAGUGUCCUCAGCCCCCAGGAGUUCCUGGGAUGGCUAGAGGGAUCCUGCUGGCACCAUGGCGUCUUCCCCAGGCUGCUUCGUGCAGCCAGUCAGAGUAAGGCUGUGGGCCCACAGGGGCAGGCACAGGAAUCGGUGGGGACCCAGCACUGGAUAAUAUGUGAUGGGGCCUCCAGUGCUGCUUGGCUGGACUCCAUCACUUGCCUCCUGGGCGACCCGCCCCUGCUUUGCCUCCCCAAUGGUCAGCAAAUAACACGACCCCCAGAUACUUUUCUUUUGAUGGAGGUGGGAGACGCAACAGGCAUGUCCCCGACAGUGGUGGGCCGUUGUGCCCUAGUCUGGUGUGGUGGGGAGCAGACUUGGCAGGGUAUGCUUAGCGUCCUGAUGGCAGCCCUGCCCCAUGAGUACCGCCUGCAGCUCCAGACAGUCACCGAGCUCAACCGCCUGGCUGAAGUGCUGGUGCCUGCAACAUUCCGAUUCCUCGCCCACCAGGGUGCCAGCUCUCUGCUGCAGGUACAUGGGCAGCAGGCUCUUUGCCCAGGCGUGGCUGAAGUUACCAGCCUGGCCCGCAUUUUGCGUUGUCUCCUUGACCCCCACCUGCACAUAGAUGAGGAGGAGAAGGCACGUGUUCCAGAGGACCUCAGCUGUAGUGAUCCUAUGGCCCAAAGCUUCAAAUCCUCAAAAAGCAGCUCUCUGAACCGGUCCCGGAUUGACAGCGAUGAUGUGCCUAAUAAGCGCAGGGAACACCUGCUGGCUGUCAGCAGCUUUCUCUUUGCCUUGAUCUGGGGCUUUGGAGCCCACCUUCCUUCCAGGCUCUGGCCCCUCUUUGACACCUUCAUAAGGGAUUCUAUUAGUUGCCUCUGCAACUACCCUGAGCCACCACCCUCAGCCUUGGUGUUCGAUCUACAUGUAUGCCCUGAAGACGGGACACUGGUCCCUUUCACUGGUCAAUACCUGGGGAGCCGCGUCAAGGGAAUUCCAGGCACCUUCAACCCUUCUCCCCAGACCGAACGGCUCUUGUAUGUGGUGGACCUGCUUCUGUCAGAGGGACACCCUGUGCUGCUGGCUGGAGAAGCAGCAACAGGGAAGUCAACCUUUGUGGAGGUGCUAGUGGAGCCACAUCACCCAUACAUGUACAGCCCCAUCCACCCUGCCUUCAGUACCAACCACCUUCGCCUUCUACUGAGCAGAGGGGUCCAGGGCCAAGCACAAGCCAGUCUGUGGCCCGGGCGGCACCUGGAUUCUAAAGGCUCCCUCCUCUUCCUCCUGGAGGAUUUGCACCUGGCCGCUUCUGACCCAGAGAAGAGCUGUCAGCCGGUGUUGGAGACUCUGCGCCAGGCCAUAGAUGGCACCAUGUAUGCCCACAGCACCUUGGAACUGCAGACGCUGCAGCCUAUAGUCAACUUCCUUGCCACUGCCACGGUGCCAGGCUUCUGCGAGCGCCCGCUGUGCCCACGCCUCUUUCGACUCUUCACAGUGCUGGCCCUGGGCAGCAUGACCCAGGCCAUGCUGCUGAGCAGGCACACACCUAGCAUCCAGGCCUGGCUUGAGCGCUUCCCCUCUGUGGAGCGGGAAGGGGUUCUAGCAAGAGCCCUGGUCUGGGCCUCAGUGGAGGCCUGGGAGGCUGUGGGCAACUGCUUUAUGCCUUCACCUCUCCACCCACACUACCGCUUCUCCCUGCACUCUGUGAGCCAGCUACUGGGCAGCCUUCAGCUACUGCCAACCAGAAUGGGCUCCCGAGGUUUUCUGUACUGUCCCAACCACCGGGAGCACUUGCGCCGGGUGUCAGGCUUGCGAGGCACUCACCUGACGAUUAUGAUGGCCAUGCGCAACAUGGUGCGUCUUUGGUUGCAUGAGGCACAGAGAACAUUUUGUGACCGACUGGACAGCCCUAGGGAACGCUCUUACUGUGCUAAGCUGCUCCUAGAAGUAGCUCAGAGUGUCUUCUGCUGUGGGCCAGUGCCCCAGAGCCUGGGCAAGGGCUAUGAGGGGGAGGAGGAGGAAGAGGAAAGGGUGCCUGAAGUGGAAUCUGAAGGGGAGUUGGCCCAGUUGGAGGACUUCAGCAACAGUGGCAGUGAGACAGAGGAGGAGGAGGACCCUUAUUGCCUUCAGGUCACCACAGGCUUGCACUACAGUGAUUCAAGUCUAGCACCAUCCAUGCCACCAGUAAAGAAGGAGACCACAGAGAACAUGAGUCAGAAGAUAAGCCAGGAGAGAGGCACAAGGGCCUCCAGCUACAAAUUCCAGCUAAAGAGUUCUAAGAGUUGGUGGCAGAAGACUCCCCAGAUGGACCUGGUCUCACCCCUGUUGCUACCAGUGCUACUACUCCAUCCCCAGGAAAAGCCCUCAGACCUGGUCUUCAGCCAGGAGCUGAUACUGGGGUCCAACUCAGAGAGCCCUAACUUGUACCUGGAACGGCAGUGGGAGAGCCUGGAGGAGCAGCUAGCCACCUCAGCUGCUCAGCUGAAGCUGAGCCCCCACCUUGCCCAGUGCCACUCCAUGGCCCAGCACGUGGCCCGCCUGGUCCGGGUGCUGGCCAGGCCCCGGCAGCAUAGCCUACUGCUCUCGGGAGCUCUGAGUACUGGGCGCCGUACUGCCAUCACUCUGGCAGCUAGCAUUUGUCAGGUCCGCCUCUUCCAUCUGCCAUCUGGGUCAGAGGAGGCCAUUCUCCAGUGCCUACAGGAUGCCAGCUGGCAUGCUGGCAUGUUAGGCCAGCCAGUGGCCCUGCUGGUGCCCACGGAUGUGGAUCUUACUACCCUUCACUGUCUGCUAGCCCUGGCUACUUCAGGCAGUUUCCCUGACCAGUACACAGACGCAGAUCUGGACAACAUUGAAGAACAUCUCCUCAGGGAGAACCUAAGUAUCAAGCCGAACAUCAAGAAGGAAAUGCUGUUGCAGAGGUUCUACCAGCAAGUAUGCAGCCACCUGCACAUGUUCUUCCUGAUCAGCGAUGACCAGGCCCACAAACAGCUGCCCUCCACCCUUUUCCUGAGGCUCCUUCAACUGGCCGUCGCCAGCAUUGACCGCUAUGAAACCUGGGAUCAGGAUUCCCUGGUCAGAGUGGUCCAGCACUACCUGAAGGGUGCUCAGAGUCUACCCCUUGAUGACGACUCCUUGAAGUGCCCAGACCUCCAGGCCUCAAUUCCCAGUGUGGCCAAAGCCAUGGCUCUCAUCCACCUUUCGGCUGCCAGCUACCAUGGGCACUUGUGCCCUGAAUUGCCACUCGUCACCCCCAAGACCUUCCUAGACUUCCUGGACACCUUUGUGCUGCUACAGGAACAGAUGAUCCUGCAGAUAAAGAGCAAGGCCCAGCGGAUCCAGAAUGCCCUGCGGAACCUGAGAAUGAUAAUUGAGCAGCACAACGCCCACACCAACCUGAUCUUCAAGUUGGAAGAGCAGCUGAAAGCCUCCUGCACGAGCCUCAGCACACUGCAUCAGCAGCUAGAUCAAAGCAAGCUCCUGUACAAGCGGCAGCUGGCAGAGUGUCGGCAGCAGGAGAACCUCAUUGAGAACCUGACCAAGCAGCAAGAUGCCCUGCGGGCUCAGCGCGAGGCUCUCCUGGAGCAGAUGAGCAACGCAUUUCUGGGGCCCCUGAGCCAGCUGCAGGUGGCUGACUUUGAGGAGAUACGAAGCUAUCGAGCACCACCAGAAUCUGUGGUCCGGGUGACUGAUGCUCUGUGUGACCUGUUCCACCGUGAAACAGGCUGGGCCAGUGCCAAGCAGCUGUUAUGCAGUGAGGAUUUUUAUCAGGAGCUGGUGUUCUUCCCCAAGGAGAAGAUGACAGACUCAGAGCUGAUAAAGUUAAACCUAGCUCUCAGGGCUCCAGGUAUGAGCAAUGCAGCCUUGCAGGCAGUAAGCAUACCUGCAGCAAGCCUGGCAGCCUGGCUCUGGGCUGUUCUGUGUUACGGGCUGGCACAGCGCCGAGGACUGCCCACGGGCCAGCUGCUGCGGCAGGUAGAGGCGACACUGGCUCGGGAGCAGGCCCGCCUGGGCCAUUACCAGUUCCAGGCCCAGGAGAUCCUAGAGCACAAUUUGGCCCUGACCAAGAAGCUGCAAGAUGCCCAGGCUUCCCACAGCCGUGUGGUCGAGAAUCUCAGUCGGGCUCAGUCUGGCCAGUACUGCAAAUGGCCCAUGAAGGCUGCACUGCUCACACCCAUGCAUUCCUGGACUACAGAGCUCCAGAAGUUGAAGGGGCACUGCACAACUGUGUUCGGAGAUGCCCUCCUAUGUUCAGCUGCUGUCAUCUACCUGGGUCCCUUCCCACCAUUGCGGCGCCAGGAGCUACUAGACAAGUGGCUGGCUCUGUGUAGAGGAUUCCAGGAGACCCUGGGCCCAGAUGAUGUGGCACAGGCACUGAAGCAGAAGCAGAAAUCUGUCAUCAUGCCAGUGAAGAACCCUCUGCUCUCCACACGCUCCCCCUUCAGCCUUCUGUCCUUGCUGAGCUCUGAAUCCGAACAGUUCCAGUGGGACCGAGACCUGAAGCCCCAGGCAAAGUCAGCCCGCCUGGCAGGCCUGCUUCUGCGAAGUCGCACCCACUACUUCAGUUGCCGUUGGCCUCUGCUGCUUGACCCCAGCAACCAGGCCCUCAUCUGGCUGAACCCACUGCCUCUGGAAGAGACCAGAUGCUUGGCCCCAGGUCCCGCUGAGGGCAGAGGGAAGGGCUUCAUGAGAAAUCAAGAAAAAGAGUGUAAACAGGAGGACAUGGAAGAAGAUGAUGAUAGUGAAGAGACUGAUAAGGCUGAGGAGAAGACAAACGAGGAGAAGGCAGAGGAAAGGGGAAAUGAGGAGAAGGAAGAGGAGAAGGAGGAGGAGACGAAGAGGCAGGAGUCGAGGCCAGCCUCUGAGGCUCAGUCUCCCUCCCUCCCCUUCCUUAGCGUGCUCUCAGGUGCUGACCCAGAGCUGGGUCCUCAGCUCUGCCAGGCAGCUGCCAGUGGCCUGCCCGUUCUACUGACCAACGUGGAGCUGGGCCUAGCGUGCCCGGAACUGCAAUGGUUACUACAGCGGGAGCAGCUGAGCCCACUCCAGGUGCAGCCUGGCUUCUGUCUCUAUCUGAGCACUACCCUGCCCCUCAGUGCCUUGGGAAAAGUGCUAGGCUGUGAACUGCUGAAGGGGCUGAAUGUGCUGGAUCUGGGCCUGAACCUGGAACUCCUAGAAGAACAGAUGCUGCAUGAAAUCCUGUGCAUAGAGUGUCCUGAGCUCGAGAGCCGCUGGCAGGACCUAAAGAUCAGAGCCCUGGACACCUGCGAAGAUGUGGAGGCUGUUGAGGAGCGGCUGCUGACGAUGCUGCUGUUCCAGAACCCACAGCAUCAGAAACCAGCCAAGUUCCUGAGGGAUAUGGUGAGGGCCCAGGCAGAGCUAUGUCGGCUGCGUGCCCAUUGCAAGGAGCUAGAAGACCUGAAGCUGCAGGAGGUGGUAUUGCGGGCACCCUAUCGGCAAGUGGUCUGGCAUGGAAUGGCCAUUAUAAAGGCCCUUAGCCCACUGCAGAACCUGCUGCCACUUUUCCAUAUGAGCUCAGAGAAUUGGCUGGCAGCCACCAAGCAGGCUCUGAAUAGCAUGAAGCAGUGUGAGAUUCAUCAGCGGGAGGACCUGCCCAGCCAUCUGCUGCAGCUCAGAACACACCUGACCCGCCAGCUACUGGGCAGCACCGUGGCUACACUGGGCCUGACCCAAGUACCCUUGGUGGGUGCCUUGGGUGCUUUGGCUCUGCUGCGAGUGGCAAGAAAGGCACCAGAGCUGGAGAGGCUGGCACUUUGGCCUGGACUGGCAGCCUCUCCCAGCACAGGCUAUAGCAAGCCAGACCCAGGUGUGGCUCGACCAGCCUGGCUGGGGCUGAGGGCCUGGCAUGAAUGUGGGAUGUUAGAGCUGCUGCCCCCAUUUGCUGGGCUGUGUGAGUCCCUGGCAGGCCACUCCAGUGUUUGGCAGGCUUAUCUGUCACUGUCAUCCACAGUGCUGGGUCCUGCACCUGGGCCUGGGCCUGAUCCACUCAGCCUCCUCCAGAAGCUGAUCCUGUGGCGUGUGCUGCGACCUGAGUGCCUAGCAGGUGCUCUGGCAGAUGUCACCACCAGCCUCCUGGGCCGGCCCCUGGAGGAAAACUUGGAUGCCUCCACCAUACCCUUUGAACACAGUCAGGCUACUCAGCCCAUGCUGAUCUUGUUGCCACCAACUGGUCACCUCACAGCCACCCUGCAUCCCCUGACUGUCAUCCAGAAACUGGCUGCCAAGCAUAAGCAGGGACAGAGGCAUCUGGAGGUGAUAGCCCUGGGCUCUGAAGCCUGGGACCCGCUCUCAGUUGUGAUCAGCACUCUAUGCCAGGCUAUGCACAAAGGACACUGGCUGGUGCUGGAGAACUGUCAUCUGAUGCCUCACUGGCCGAAAGAGCUGCUACAGCCCUUGUUGGGGCUAUUGGAUGGAGCCAAGGUGGUCUCCGACCUGGAGUUAGAACUGCUUUUAGCCCAACCUGCAAGCAGGAAUGUGGCCACUGUCCACCAAGAUUUCCGUCUUUGGCUUAUCGUAUCUGCAGAGGCUAUUGCUUCCUUACCAGCUGUGCUGAUUCAGCACUCCACGCCUGUUUUCUGGGACCAGUCCCUGGAGCUGGGCCAUGUCUUGAUUGACAGCAUGGAGCUAGCCCAGCAAGGACUCUACAUGCAACCCCCUACCAGGGUGCUGCCUCUGCUCCUCCUGCAUGGCCUCCUGCUACACCGGCAGCUCUAUGGAAUGAAGCUGCAGGCACACAGGGGGCGCUGGAGUCAAGUGACCCUGACUCAGGUCCUUCAAAUCCAAGAGCAGCUGUGGGCCAGCCUCAGCAACCCCAGCACUGCGAUGCAGGAGCUAGCCGCUUCAGUUUUCUAUGGGGGUCCUGUGGGAGAUGACAAGGACAGGGAGGCCCUGAUCAGUCUCACACAAGCCUGCCUGAGCCCCAGCAGUGGGAGCUGGGCCCAACCACACACUCCCCAGUAUCUGCUGGCCACUCUGAUGCCCAGCCCAGAGUUGAAUGAGUUGGAUGCCGUGGCAGAAUGCAAGGCCCAGAUGCACCUGCUGUCCACACCACCCGAACCCCAGAUCUGCGGACUGAGUGCUGGCCCCCAGGCCUGGCUGUUGCGACGCCAGAGCCGCGCCCUCCUGAGCGCGCUGCAGCGGAGUUCACCCACUUGGGUUCCUGCGGCUCGCGGAGGCUCCCGGCGCGCCGAGAGGCGGCUGCGGCACCGUCUGGUGCAAGCUGAGCGGAGGCUGGAGUCCUUGCAGGCUCUGCUGACAGAGACCUCUCGCCAAAACUGGUCUGGCGCGGGGUGGGUGGGGCCGCGGCUGAGUGCGUGGCGGCCUCUGGAAGGCUUCCUGGAGACAGAGGUGCUGGAACUGAGUCAGCUGGUGGGCACGCUGCAACGCGACCUUAACUGCCUGUUGCAGCAGCUGAAGGGGGCGCCCCCGUGCGCCUCCCGGCGCUGUGCCGAGGUGGCCCACGCUCUCUGGACUGGCCGCCUACCCCCGCCUUGGCGACCCCAUGCGCCUGCCGGCCCACAGCCACCCUGGCACUGGCUGCGACAGCUGUCGCGCCGCGGGCAGCUGUUAGUUCGCUACCUGGGCGUGGGCACCGAAGUACCAGAGCGCAUCUUUCACCUAUCAGCCUUUGGCCACCCUCGCCGCCUCCUGCUGGCACUGCGCUGGGAGGCUGCCUUUCCUGUGGUCGCCCUGGAGCAGUAUGUGCCCGACUCCAACUUCUCCGCUUGCCAUCAGUUCGCCUACAGACGUCAGGAGCUGAACAGCAACCCUCUGCACCUCCAGGUGGUGAGCGACCCAAAUCCCACGGUUCCUGAGACGGGGCUGCUGCUGAUUGGGCUACAGGUCUGGAACGCAGAGUGGGACCCGUUAGCAGGGGCCUUGCAGGACAGUCCAUCCAGCCAGCCCAGCCCUCUGCCUCCAGUCAGCGUCAGCACCCAGGCUCAGGGCACCAGUGACCUGCCAUCUCCAGCCGGCCUGGCUGUGUACUCCUGUCCCGUGUACCUGGAAGGGCCCCUUGGUACCACUAGGCUGCACAGCAGGAAUGUCCUGAUGCACCUGCCCCUGCCCACGAAGCUCAGCCCUGCCACCUGUGUCCAAAGGAGAGUCCAUGUUUGCAGCCCACCCCUGCCCUGAGCCCUCAACCAAAAUAAA